GCAUUCAUGGCUCACCGCGAAAGUAUGUUUUUAUAUGUGCGUGCUGUUUGUUUGCUCGGUGUUGUGUGUUGCGUGGGAAGUAAAGGAAAACCGGUUGCCAGACGAGAAAAACACGCCUCAAUGUGUGCGCGUGUGUGAAUGACGCGUCAAACGUGUGCGGAGCUCCAGUAGCCGCACAUUAAGAAGCAACAUAAGGAAUCCGAGGGGACACAAAAUGACCAAGUAAAACCUGCCACGACGAAGGAGAUUUUUUUAUUUUUUUUACUUUUAUAUUAUUUGUUUGUUGUUUUUUGUAUCCAAACGAAGGGGAUUAUGACCAUUAAAGUAGCCUUUGAGGAGUGUUUGAAAGACUCCCCGCGCUUCAGAUCUGAAAUUGAGGCCGUCCAAACCGACGUGGGAGAACUCGAGACGCGGUUGGAAAAGCUGCUGAAACAAUGCCAGGCCAUGCUGGAGGCCGGCCGAGUCUACUACCAGACCGGCAAGAACUUCGUAAGCGGGCUCCAGAGUCUGGGACAACACUGCUCCGGGGACACAGUCAUGGAGGAGUGUUUGCGGACAUUCUCUGAAAAGCUGUCCCUGAUUUUGGAUGCGCAGGGGGAGGUGAUUGAAACCACACAGAAGUCAGUCAAGACCAAGCUCCAGACUUUCGUGAAAGAAGAUGUGCGCCGCUUCAAGGACGCGCGCAAGGAGUUUGAGCGCAGCAGCGAAUCCCUGGAGGGGGCGCUGGCGAGGAACGCUCAGGCGCCUCGUGGGAAGUCCCACGAGGUGGAGGAGGCUAGCGGCGCGCUGCUCAACGCCCGCCGGGCCUUCAGGUCCGGCGCGCUGGACUACGUCCUGGAGAUUAACAUCAUCGAGGCCAAGAAGAAGACUGAACUGUUGAUGGCCAUGUUGUCGCUGAUGGACUCGCAGGUGCAGCUGUUCCAGAACGGUCACCGGUCCUUGUCCGAACUGGACCGUUAUCGGCAAAAGCUGAGCGAAGAGCAUACGCAGUUUGUCUUGAACUCUGCGCGGGAGAAGAGGGACAUGGAGCAAAGACACGCCGCCAUUAAACAAAAGGAUGUUUCUUACGACGACUCCAUGAUGGACUUCAAUCCGGACGCGGCAGACGGCGUCGCCAUGGAGGGUUACCUCAACAAGAGGGCCAGCAACGCCUUCAAGACUUGGAGCAGGCGCUGGUUCUCCAUUCAGAAAAAUCAGCUGGUGUAUCAGAAGAAGUUUAAGGACCAGCCCACGGUGGUGGUGGAGGACUUGCGUCUAUGCACGGUCAAGCCCAACGGCGAGAACGAGAGGCGUUUCUGUUUCGAGGUGGUCUCCCCGUCCAAAAGCUGUCUGUUACAGGCCGACUCCGAGAGGCAGCAGCGAGCGUGGAUCAGCGCCGUGCAGAGCAGCAUCGCCUCGGCCUUCCAGGAGCGCAGGGAUGUCCAACACAGUCCGCGGCAGCGGUGCAACUCGGCGUCGGCGGGCGGCCCCGUCGCCGCUCAGGAGAACGAGUGCCUCAAGGCCCUGGAGGAGGUCCAGGCAGUCGCCGGGAACCGGGAGUGCUGCGACUGCGGGGCGCCGAGUCCCGACUGGGCGUCCAUCAACCUCGGCAUCACGCUGUGCAUCGUGUGCUCGGGAAUACACAGGAGCCUGGGGGUCCACUUCUCCAAAGUUCGCUCGCUCACGCUGGACUCCUGGGAGCCGGAACUCGUGAAGUUGAUGUGCGAAUUGGGCAACGGCGUCAUCAACGGCAUCUACGAGGCCCGCAUGGACGAGAUCACCUUGAAGAAGCCCCUCGCCUCCAGUCCGAGGGGGGAUAAGGAGGCCUGGAUCCGGUCCAAAUACGUGGAGAAGAAGUUCAUCCAAAAGCUGCCGGAGACGGCUCGGAAACCCUCGCAGAAUCGUCCGGGCGCCAAGAGGAACAGGGCGGCCACGCAGGAGCGCGACACGCAGAGACCGCCGCUCAAGCCCAAACCGAGCCGAAGCACUCUGCCUCGAUCGGGUAAUGCGGAACCAGAAGCGACAGGCCCGAGCGAGGUCCAAAAGGACAACGCGGGCUCCCACAUAGACGUGAACGGCGAGGAGGAGGAUCUGAGCGGCCUUCAUCCCGGGGCGCUGCUGUACCGCUCGGCGGCCCUGCAGAACUUCCCCGUCAUGGCCGACGCGUUGGCCCACGGCGCCGCCGUCAACUGGGUCAACGCGGCAGAGGAGGCCUGCACGCCGCUGAUCCGGGCCGUCUCGGCGAAUGCCCUGGCGGCGUGCGAAUUCCUGCUGCAGAACGGCGCCGACGUCAACCAGGCAGACAGAAACGGAAGAGGGCCGCUUCAUCACGCCACCAUACUGGGUCACACGGGGCUGGUGUGCCUCUUCCUGAAACGAGGCGCGGACUACAACGCCAGGGACAAAAACCACAAGGACCCCAUAACAAUAGCCGUGGACAACGCCAACGCCGACAUCGUCACUUUACUGCGGAUCGCCAAGAUGAACAGAGAAAUGCAGGAGAUGGACGGAUGCCUGGGAAAAUCAGGUGACGAAACCUACCAGCACAUCUUCAGAGACUUCUCGCAAAUGGCUUCCAACAACCCGGAGAAGCUCAACCGUCGUAGCGCAGACGGGAAAUUCUAAUAAUAAUAAUCAUAAAAGCUUUAUGAAAUGUAAAACAUGCUACCUUCUGCCAAAUUCUGUCACCACAUGGAUAUAUCUACGAAUAAUUAAGUUGAAAAAAUUUGGAAAAUCCCAUGGCUUUGAACGGAACGUCGAGAGCUAUGUCAAAUAAAGUUUAUUUUGUAUUAUUUUAAA